UCACCAGACUGUAGCUUCAAAAUGAGAAAUUAGAGACCGCCGCGGCAAAAGGGACCAGGCAACAGCUAUUCAAUCCUACGAUACCCUCAUAUACACACGAAAUAAAGUUCGUAGCUAUUAGAUAAAUUCUUGAGUACUCAAAAGCCUGAAGAUUGGCUAAUGGGCACUGCUGAAGUUUUGUAUCUACCCAAGGUAUAUGGGAGUUGAAUCAACACUGUUGAAUAUAAUGUCGACACUUGCUUCAUUAUUUAAAGAAGGACCUAAAGAUAACCUUUACUUCAAAAAUUUGUCAACAAAAACUAGAUUUCGGGCUUAUCAGCAAGGCACGCCUGUAUAAUAUAAUUGACUUGGCAUCGGCUCCGACCACCAUCUUGAUAAAACGCGAAACUGAACAAUAUGUCCUCGUAUGACGUUUUGCUGUGUUUCUUGCUUUUAAAUAUUCCACUCUCUGUACAAGCCUUCGUGGCGCCGGAACACUAUACAUCAUAUGUGGAGGAGAUACAAUAUUAUCAUAAUGAUUCUAUUGAAUACACUACUGUCGAGAUUACCAAGCUGUUUCCGGCAAUGCUCAAUAGCAAGGUUUUGGCAGCGGCUGAUAAGUACACCGAAUGCCCCAAAAAUAAAAAAUCAGAUGAAAUCACGAAGCCUCUUUCCGCGAACAAUACCCUCUCUACAACAGAAGCAGACGACACUCUGGAUGUUUUCUUUGAUGAAUAUGAAAUGGAAAUUCUCGACCUGAAUGAUGUAGCCAACAUUGAAUUGGCCUCCGAUACUUCCUAUCCGCCCUGGGUGAAAAAAGAAGUUCCCAGGAAAGACAUGGCCGAUUCAGAGUUCCUAUAUUUUGAGAAUAGCUAUCUUGAAAAAUAUUAUCGUAGCGAUGGAAACAUACCAAACUUUGACAUAACUGUUGAAGAAUGUCAGCAUUUCAUUUACGAAAAUUCUCUUCCUGAACAUGAGAAAUACUGGUUUAUGAAGUAUUGCGAAAAAGAUAUUCGCCAUUACAAGCAUACGUUUCAUUCAUUAGAAAAAUAUUUAUCCUGUAAGACCAGGAGUUACAAUUUAUCAGAAUGCUAUUCAGCUAUCAAUGAGGAGGAAAUUAGGAAACUAUACUCUUGCUGGUGAAAGAUCUCCUAGUCACUUCCCAAAUUUAUCUGCAUUCUCCGCACAUAUGCACAUCCGCAUCAUUUCGUUCCUGUUCAGAAACCGUUGAAAAAUAAA